AUGCCCGACGGUGCUGCCAGUUGCCAGCACUCGAUAAAUACCAUUCGCGUCGAAUUAGACUAUCUGCAGACACGCUCUCAGGGGCAUGUCAACCACAACCAGGGCCAACAAGGCCAGCAAGGCCAGCAAGGCCAACAAAGUACUCCCGCACAGCCAGAAGGUGCUUCGCAAGUAGAUUCAAACAAUUUUGCCUCAGCCAUCUCCCAGGCUGCCCAGAAUCCGAAUCAUCCAGCACAUCCUGAUCACCCUGAGGAUGCCAUCGAUUCGGUGAAGCAAGUGUUGACAGCUGUGAAGCACGCUGCGUGGGCGAAGAAGCUACAAGCCAAAUUCAGCAAUGCGGCGAUACUGGGAGCUGGCUUCAAAGCAGGCCAAAACAUGAUCGAUCAAACGUGA